UUAACCCUCCAGGAGCAAAGGGUGAACAUUUCAAGAGCAUUUUAUGACUGGGUGAGAUGGUGCCAUAAGAACCAUGACAAAUAGGUGAUGCUGGCUAAGAUGAAAAUUUAAAAGAUGAUUUAUCCCUCAGGUAAGCUGUUGCCAAAGAGCAGUUGUGCAGGCCUACCAAACUCGUCUUUCUAGUACAUACUUUUUCUCCACAAAAUGUGCUUGGCUGUCAUGCAGGCAUCUUGUAACUAAAACAUGCCAGCCUGACAGGUUGAUGCCCUAUUGUCAUACCCUGUGCAAUUAAUAGUACAGGGUGACAGUUUUUUUUUCUCCUAUGCUCUAAAAGACUAUUAUUAUAUUCUCUCCUCUUCUUUUUUUGUGUACUAUUUAUGUCUUUAGAAAUUUUGAUUAAUGGGCAUGUACAGUGCAAAAGAUAGAGCACUCUUCAUCUACUAUUUGUCUAUAGAUUAAACAUGGCUGCCAAAGUUUCAGUCUUGGAUAUAAUAUUAGGUAUAUCACUGGUGUAAUAGCAAAUCGACAAUGGGUGGAAUAUUUCUGAUGGUAUUUUUCCUUUUUUUAAUUUCUGAGUUUGUUGACUGAGUCAAAUACUUUGUUCUUACAUGUACUACUAGGUCAAGUUCUUAGGAUAUCAAGGGCAAAUCAAGCGGCCAGACCUGCCACAGAAGUGAAUUCAAAGUCCAUGGUGUGUUUUUAACCUAUUGAAUAGGAUAUGGAAAGGUCUUCAAAGCAGGACAGCUGGUGAAUACGGUCAUUUGAUAAUGUGACUUUUUUCUACUUUGCUUUUUUACAAUAUGUGGCUUUCUUAAACUACAUGUAAAUGAAAUAUUAUUAUACCAUGCAAGCUUCUUAAGAGUAUGAUUGUCUUUCAAUGUGCCAGUUACAAUAAUGGUGUAGGGUACAUGUAGUAAAUUCACCCAUUCACCCACCCCUGGGAAUUUUGGUGGAAAAAUUAAUGCCUUUUGAAGCUCGCUGUUUUGUGGUCACCAUAAUUGCCACUGUAUGAAGGAUUGUCCUCUAUUCAAUGACUUUAAUUAUAGUUGAAUAACCUAUAUGACUUGAUUCCAUUUUAGAUAAGGAUGCAAUGGACCUUACCAUUAAUUUGUGGAACAGUAAAAAGAUUUGUUCUUUUUGGUGACCAUGAUGGAGAUGUUUUUGCCACUGGAGGAGAGAUGGAAAUAGUUCAGGUAAUCUGUUUCACGACUUACUGCAGCAGACCACUUCACUUCAUGCCGAUGUAUAUUAAAUAGACAAUGCUGUUACAACUGUUAAACACUUAAAGCCGCAUUAUUAUAUUCAAAUACCAAUUCUCCAGACUGAUCUCCAUAUAUUUCCCUAAAGAGCCGGUUAUGAGAAUUUGUUUGUAGAUCAAAGCUUUCCCCAUCAGGUGAUCAUUUUAUUUAUUCUCACAACAUUUUCUCUUGAUUAUGUAUUGAUUUUGUUAGGAGAAAAUUGACUUUGGUCACUCUUGGAACCUAAAGGUUCUUAUAAGUGAUUUUCUAGACUCUAAUUUGAGCAGUUCUUGUGCAACUCCUUCUUGUUAAUAUCUUGACAGCUCUUUCAUAUUAUUUUCUAAAAUAUAGCUUAAUUUAUCACACGUUAUACUCACUAUUAUCUAUUUUCCCAAUGGCUUGGAGCCUGCAGCUAAUUGCUAAAUAGCUCGCUCCGCUCACUAAGAAACUCGUCAGGUCAACUUGCAGCAAGUCUAAGGACCGUGGGAUGUUCCAAAUACUCAUCUAAUGAUAAUAUUAGUUAGUAUUAAUACUAGGUACAGGUACCGGAAAAAUUUAAUGAAUCGUUGUCGUUGUUGUUGAGAAACCAACUCUCCUCAGUUUGUUUUUUUUUUUUUCACUUUGGAAAUAACUACUGUAGUCAGUCCAAAAUUGUGGUGCACUUAUUAACCUAUUCACCCCUGGGAAUUUUUCUGGAAAACACGUCGAGCCGUUUUCUGGUCACUGUCUGGCUGUCAAGAGAUAAAACAUGCCUCAAAGCCCUUCACAGGUCCUGCACUUGGCGGCCUUCUUAUUAGUUUGGGCAUACUAAGAAAGCAAAGUUUAACCGUGAUGCAGCAGUCUUGACUAUUUCUUUUCGCUUUCUCUCCUCCCCUCUUCUUUUGCUUUUCUUGCCUUGUUUUUUUAUUUUACCGGGCAUUUACAACUGACAGGGUUCAUUUUUUGAGGGAAAAGUUUUUGGGAAAGCUUUUAGCAUGAAAGGAAAGGUAGGUGGGUAGUGGGAGAAGAAUUUCAUGGCAAUUUUCGCGUCAACGUUUCUUUGUUUUUUGCCUUUUCCUCGGCCUCCUUUACUGAAUCGUGCUUAUCUGGUAUGAUUUGAAAGAUCUCUUCAAGUUAGCUGACAAAGUUCUUGACCGUUAACAAUUAAAAUUCAAAUAACAGUAACAUUAAAUUUACAUGUUUAAACUUGUUUCUUGUUGAAAUUUCCAUGCUAGGAGCCAGUCUCUUUGUAUGGAGACACAAAAUUCUUCUCCCUGGCCAAGCUGGAUCACUCACUUAGCCUUUCUACAAUUAAAACGUUCGUGGAGGAAGAAGAAGCAAAGUAAGCUGAUAACUAGCUCUAACGAAUGGUUUAAUAAAUGUCAAAUUUCACAAAAUGACAUCUUACUUAUGAAAUUUUCAGAAUUUUACCUGUGCUUUCACAAUUCUUGUGUAAUUUGAUAUUUAUUUUCUCGGGCUCCCAUGAGAAAUAAUCUUGGGUGUUAUUACAGAUAACUAAUUAUAUCUACAGCCCUUGAAAAAUGUAAAAAAGAAUGCGAUAUUGUUUAAAUUAUUCUGAUACAAGAUUUUUGUCCACUGAAAAUUUAAAUUACUCAAUUUCCUGGUAGAUUCCGUCUUAAUUCUCAUAAUAGUUACCUUUAAAGGAAUAAUUUUACCAUCCUGAUCUUUCUAGCAAUUAAUCAAAUAAAGCAAUUAUCAACAGACUUUAAGCGAAUGGUUUUCAUGGUUUUGGCGCUGUAAAUUGACUAGUAGUCUGAAAUGUUACAGGUCUCCACCCCUAACACGUAGGGGGCGCGGGGCAUUCCCGACGUUAUAAUGCCGUCCGGUGACGUCACCUACUUUUGCGAAUAUGGUAGGUAUUUUCUGAUUGGCUAUUACCUUUCCGAAAUAGAAAACCUUUUAUCAUUGCUGUCUGAAGCGUGACGUGAAGUAUAAAAUUAUUCUUUCAGGUUGCCAAGUAAACUGGUUUUAGAAUGGUCUGAGGAUGACAAGCUGGAUCCUAACUCGAAGAUCCCAGCAGGAACCACCAUAGGUGCGUAUUUCUCGAUAAACUCUGUUGUAUUAGACAAUUUUCUUGGUAGCUACAGCUUUGUGCAGUUUCAAUUUGAAAAUUAAUUUAAUUUUCUAGACAAUUGAUCAUAAUUUGAUACCAAUAUCUACCACACAAAUUGGUUCUCUUUUGAUUAGCACCAUUUUAGGCCCAUUGACAUGGAUUUACACCAGAGCAAGCAGCAUGUCUUUCUUUAUCGUACUUUAUCGUUAUCUUUUUUACAUAUUGUCACAUUUUAAGGUUUUUCGAUACAGUUUUUGGGAGACCAUACCGAUGUUUUUCAAUCACCUUAAAAGUGAUUUUAUCCUUGUCCGAUCGCUACAACAUUUUCACCGGUGAUUAACUAUGAAUUAAAGUUUGUCAAAAUGCAGUUUUAAGUAAAAUCGAUAUUACCAUGACAACAAUAAACAAAAAACUUUGAAAUCGAUAAAAUCCGAAUUUUGCGUGGUCUAGACCUGCUAUUGAAAGUCCGACACCAGGUGUGGUGUUGGCAAAUAACCUCCGUGAGAAGAAAAAAAUUUCUGUAUGUUUGAAUUCAGAUAAAACACAAGUAUAUUUCAAACCUUACAUUUUCAAUAGCCGUGAAAAAAUGUUUAGUAAAAAAGUUCUCAGUAGCACACAUUAACCUUAAGUAGUGUCAGAAGGCUGCUUAAGAGCGAAUGCACAGAAAAAUCGAGCAAAAUCGGCAAAUCGUGGCCACAGCUAAAAACCUAACUUACCCUCAUUUUAAGUCUGUAAUAAGGUUUUAAUGAGUUUAUAACACUGCUGAGGUUUGAAUUUCAAAAUGCGGCCGUGUUUGGGAAUUAUUUAAGAUUUUCGAUUUCAACGGUCCGCGGGCCUAAAAUUAGCCGCCGAACACGGCAAUAUAGCCUAGCGACAGAAAUGAGCUGACUUUCAUAAACGAGCGAAUAUAUUGGCAAUCUUCUACUUAAAUCUCAAAAAGCAGAUAUCUAACAAUUUCUGAACGGCACAUUUUUUAGAUUUAGAGCAUAAAAUAUCGACGAACCAGCAGAAUUUUGAAACGUAAUUUGCAUAAUGCCUAUAAAUACAACAAUUUACCGCUAAAACCAAAAUCGAAUUUUCUAUAUGGGGGAAUUCUCCAAAUCACCCCUAAUCCCGCUUACUACCUAAUGAGAUAUAGUACUUCAACAUUAUCUGAAAGUUAGUCUGGUGUUCUCGCGAACGCUUGUAAAAUAGAUUGAGGUUAUUUUGCCCCAAACAACCGCUAAUUGACCCCAGGGUCAGUUGACACGUGCACGUCACCUUAGUUUUAUGCAUCGAUUUGAGCUCGUUAAAAGGGCGAAACUAACAAGGUUCUUUUAAUAUGUACCUGUUUUAAUGAAAUACACGCAAUCUUCAAAAGGAGAGGCCGUUCAAUGGGUAAUUUCUGUUCUUGAGAUCUUGUAGAUUGUGCCAUGAUUAUACCAUGGCGUCUGCGAGUGGACCUGAGUCUAGGUCUGUUUUCCCGUGACUGCGAAAUCAGAAUAACAUCAAGAAAUAAUUCUCCCUCGAAUCUUCGUAAGUGAAUCAGCUUUGCAGUGCCUUACCUGAGAUAAAAAGUGGGCCGAAUAGCAAAACAAUUCUAGCGCAAUUUGGAUCCUUUGUGGAACGCAGUGUAUUGCUGAGCGAAAGGUGAGUAAACAAACGUAGGAAAGUACGUUACCAUUGAUUGCGUGACCGGCCAGUAAACGAUAGUCUCCAGCGGAAAAUAGGAUUCGCAAAAAUCUUGCUGAUGUAUAUUUAACAGUUUGUUACUAUAAAUUUACACCUGGUUUGUCUAAAACUUUAAACAAUGCAUAUCUGUCCAAGAGUAUAAGAAUGUUUCGAAAGAUCCACCCCUAAAUAACUGUGGGCUACUCCUUUUUCCCCAUCACCGAUGUGCACUUCCUUCCCACUGUCUUUUGCAUGAGGCUCGUAUGCCUUUUUAACUGUUAUCGACACUUAAAACUGGCCGUUUAAGGCCUGGUUUAAGAACUUGACUGACUUCAAAAACCGUCGCGAACAUGCGCUAUUAUUGUUGGACUUUGGAAGCUUUAAGCCCAAAAUUAUGGUGCAAUCUCAAGAAAUUUGCCCGGGUCUAAUUUUAAGACAGGGAACGGGUACUAAGAAAGGGACGGUCUCAUUUAGCAACCCGUGGACAAUAUGGGCAUGCUUGCCUUCUGUCGCAGGGGCAACCUUUAAGGCCAGGUACGCCGCCCCCACCCGAGAGGAUUGCAUGGCAUCCACCAUUUCAGUCGCUUUUUUUACAUCAUGACCUUCAAUUAUUAUGAAUUAUAAUGCGGGCCUUGAUCGUUGCCACCUUACCAGAAGUCUAAUCUUCGCACUGUUCGACCAUGAGAAUCUCUAUUAUUAUUCCAUAAAUGCACCAUUUGACUUUUCCUUGCUCAGCUUCCGGUAAACCGAUACUCCGAAGCAAAAAUAGCUUUACAACGACUCUAUCCAGGCCAGAACUCCUGAUAUCAACAAAUAUACCCCCUCUAAAGAGAGCAAACGUUCCCCGAACUAUUCACUUGACCCACCCCAUCCCUUCGUUAAGAAAAACUAAGCACUCAGUUCACUGGACAAAACACGCUCGUGAAUAUACCAAACUAUAGCCGUUCAUCCUACAAGCAAUCUCAGUUUCAGCAAGCGUGGCCACGUUUCCAGUUGCUGUAAGAUUAAUUCGACACCUGCAACAGACACUGUAAAUUAAAUAGAGUGUUUUCACUCACGUGGCCAGCAUCUAUGCAAAUUUAUUGGAACAAAAGAAAGCGUUUGCAUAAGAAAGGAGUUCAACUCCUACAGGAUUGGUUUGGGACACCAACAUGGCCGCCGUUUCAUUGUUUUGGGACACCAAUAUGGCCGCCGUGACGUCAUGUGAAAACACUCUAUGCCUUGAAACUGUCAGGACGGGAAAGAUUAUAAAAGACUUAACAGGUGUGCGCGGCGGUUUCCUUUUCUUCCUUUCCUCCCAUUGUAGCACUCAAAUUCUGACCCUGAUAUUAAUUCUAGUAGUAAUUAAUCGUUCCUGAGCCGAUAGGCACAAGGAUACCAGUUUCUUGCAAAAUAUGCUGUGACAUCCGUUUGCUCAUCCCCUUUUCUGCCUUCGGCCGCUGAUUAGGUUUGGUUCUGUGCUUUGAAAUAACUUUAUGAACGAACAUGAUACGUGAGGGGCGUGUCCGGCUAAGGGCAAGUGACUCUCGGUGGUGAAGACAUAUACUGAGCUUGUCAGUAUUUCGUAGCCUGUACCACGUCGCGAAAAUAGAACAAGCCAAAGAAAAAUAAGACGCCUUUCUUUCCCCAGCCCACGCAGGUUUUUCGCAUUACUUUUUACUGCACAACUGAUUCUACCUUUUCGAGCCGGAGCCAACAUGGACGCCCUCCACUUCAUUUUCGGCACCUGACUAAACGCAAGUGCUGACUUGUGCGCCUAUGCCUCGUUUGCACUGAAGUAGCAGUAUAUGAAACCGCAAUGGGCAAGAACAAUUUCUUGAAAAGAGCAAACUAUUUCCUCCUUAGCAGACAUGGAGAACAACUACUAGGACUUAAGCAAUGCCAUUGCUUAAGUCCUACUAGACUUGAAAAGAGAAAGCUGAUGCUUUCUCUUUUUUAUGAUUUACGGCUAAACAGUACAAUUUCAUGUAGCUUUUACGCAAAAUUAAAUACUUAGUUGUUUGCAGAAUUGCAUUUAACAACAAAUUACAGAAAUUUAACUAAGUUUAGAUCUCAUAGAUAAGAAUUGAACGGAAAAAACUUUUGGGGUAAAAAAGUAAAAAAAUGUUUGCUGGAAAAUCACUUAAUGGACAUAUAUACAAUAGCAGAGAUAUCAUGCCUGUAAUUUUCCGUUCAAUGCACCUUAUGAGAAGUCUGACUAAUCCACUGGUAACCCAUACCUUAAAACCGCCUUGAACCUUAAAAUUUAAUCCAUUUGCCUUUCAUGCGUAGUGCAAAUAUAUCUUCUAAACACUCCGGGGUUGGGGGUAAAAUCAGAAGAACAGAACAUUCAGUUACUGUACCAUUUUUAAUUGUGGGACAGUAUGUUUGCUAAUCAUCUUAGUUAACCGCUUUUAAAAUAGGACAAAAGGACACCUGGUCAUACAGGAAAAUGAAUUUACUGUAUCCCGAAAGCUUUGGGUGCACUUAUUUUUCGCAGGAGACAAUCGAUAAAUUCCUGGUCACGCAAUCGGAGGUGAGUAACUAAUUAAAAGUCACUGAUACCAUCGCCGCUUAGCAAAUACACUACGUGCUGCAAAGGAUCCAAAUUGCGGUAGAAUGUUUUCCUAUUCGGCCCACUUUUUAUCUCAGGUAAGGCACUGCAAAGCGGAUUCAUUUACGAAGGUUCGAGCGAGAAUUAUUUCAUGAUGUUAUUCUGAUUUCGCAGUCACGGGAAAACAGACCUAGACUCAGGUCCACUCGCAGACGCCAUGGUACAAUCUACAAGAUCUCAACAACAGACAUUACCCACUGAACUGCCUCUCCUUUUGAAGAUUGCGUGUAUUUCAUUAAAACAGGUACAUAUUAAAAAAAUCUUGUUAGUUUCUCCCUUUUAACGAGCUCAAAUCGAUGCAUAAAACUAAGGUGACGUGCACGUGUCAACUGACCCUGGGGUCAAUUAGCGGUUGUUUGGGGCAAAAUAACCUCAAAAUAAUCAAUCUAUUUUACAAGCGUUCGCGAGAACACCAGACUAACUUUCAGAUAAUGUUGAAGAACUAUAUCUCAUUAGGUAGUAAGCGGGAUUAGGGGUGAUUUGGAGAAUUCCCCCAUAUAGAAAAUUCGAUUUUGGUUUUAGCGGUAAAUUGUUGUAUUUAUAAACAUUAUGCAAAUUACGUUUCAAAAUUGUGCUCGUUCGUCGAUAUUUUAUGCUCUAAAUCUAAAAAAAUGUGCUGUUUAGAAAUUGUUAAUAUCUGUUUUUUGAGAUUUAAGCGGAAGAUUGCCAAUAUAUUCGCUCGUUUAUGAAAGUCAGCUCAUUUCUGUCGCUAGGCUAUAUUGCCGUGUUCGGCGGCUAAUUUUAAUUUUAGGCCCGCGGACCGUUGAAAUCGAAAAUCUCAAAUAAUUCCCAAACUCGGCCGCAUUUUGAAAUUUAAACCUCAGCAGUGUUAUAAACUCAUUAAAACCUUAUUACAGACUUAAAAUGAGGGUAGGUUAGGUUUUGAGCUGUGGCCACGGUUUGCUCGAUUUUUCUGUGCAUUCGCUCUUAAUAUCAUUUUUCGAUGAUAGGAAAUUUUGUUGUAUUUUCUUUCUUGCGAUCCUGAUAACUAACCUGAUUUUUCACCACCUGUCUAAGUGCAACUUUAUUCCAAAUUUUGACUUUGAGCGCUGAUCUGUGUUAUCUCCAAAACGGCUCGACAGAAUUCUUUUGAAACCUCAUCACAUAAUCUUCAUGAUGUGAUAACAACGUCUGAAACUUUCAUUAAGAUUAAUUCACUGCAACACCUUGAUACAGUCAAAACCCGCGUGUAAGAACCUAGCGGUUUAAGAACCUACUGGCAGAAAUUUCCCAUUUUUAUACCCUAAAAUAUAAGAACCUGUUUAGCCAAGCAAAAUAUAUUAGGUUCUUAUAGGUGAGUUAUGGCAUAUUUUCAUAAGCAUUUUUACAGUCAAACCAGGUCAAGCGUUCCCGUCGCUAAUAAACUAAUGAAUUCAUUAAUGGAAAAAUGAUUUCGUUUGUUGAUUCAAUAAUCCAUUCAUAAAAUGAAUAAUCCAACGAUCAAAUUGUACCUCGAUUCAAUAAUCAAAUGUUGAUUUGGUUUAUGAACAAAAUCUACCUGUUCUUUAUUCUUGUCUGUUGUGUUCAAUCGUAUUUGCUUCCCCUUUCCUGCCGUUUACGAUUGCGUUUUUCACUGCUUUUAAUCAUAACAGCUAGAAUAGACAGACCGCAAACGCAAAGAAACUGACAAAGGCCGAGGAUCGAAAUCCACCAAUCACCGCACAUACACUGACCUCAGUUUGACCGUCGUGUUUUCUAAGAGGUCAGGCCUAGGUCUGUUGCACUGAUUAUUGGCAGCAAACUGGCGUACAUGUAACUGUUUGUUUGGGUUUGAACUUCAGAACUCGCCAGCGCUCGACUCUCAGAAAAAAAAAGAGGAAAAAACAAAAUUCUGAGGUCAACUUGUGGAAAGUGUAAUUUUUCAAAAAACAGUAAUCGAAUCAACAUUCGAUUAUGGAAUCGAGGCUAAAUAUGACUAUUGGACUGUUCAUUUUAUGAAUGAAUUAUUGAAUCAACAAACGAAAUCAUUUUUCCGUGAAUGAAUUCAUUAGUUCGUUAGCGACGGGAACGCUUGACCUGGUUUGACUGUAACUAAAAAGUAUACAGAUACUUUAUUUAUAGUGUAUAUAAUUGUUUAGUUAGUCUUGCACAAGGCUCAUGACAAGACAGUUAAAAAUAAUAAAUGCUGUAUCUUAAAGGACCAAACCUAUUUUUUCUGCUUGUACAGGAAAGGUUUCUACUGAAAACAUAAGAACCUAAUUAGGAACCUACUUUAACCUAAAUUGCCAAUAACUACCCCCAAAUAUAAGAUCCUGUUUUGCCAAACUUGGAAAAAUGUAGGUUCUUACACGCGGGUUUUUACUGUAUUUCAAGAGAAACCUAGCCUACGAAACCGGCCAAAAAUGCGCGUUACAAUUUUCACUGUUUUCACGUUAUGCUAAUUUUUCCAAAUUGAUGCCCAUCAUGCAUACCUCCAUGGCUAGCCAUUUUAGUAUGAAUUUUAUUGCAUAUUUUAAAUGUAAAACGUUGACAAUUUUCAGACUGAAAUGUACAUAGCCUGGUAGCAACUUAAACGGUGUAUUUUCCAUUUCUUAAUCAGUUGCCAUGAAAGUGGUGAUUUCGAACGGAAAGGGUGAAUCUGUGAACAAACUGCCUGGUGACAGAAGAAGACUGUUGGUAGAGUUAAAGGUCAUUUGGCAUGGUAAGAGAUAA